GCCUAUAACAUCAGAGCAUGACAGACCAGCCUAGGCAUUUUAUGUGCUGCAGGCUAUGGUUGUUGGGCCAGCUCUAGCUGACUACCACACUACUACUGAAUAAUAAUAAUGCAGCCGACCCACUCUGCCUUGUUUUUCCGCUUCUGGGCUGCGAGGUGUUCCUUUCGUGGGUGCUUGUAGGUAUCCAAGCUUGACAUUUCACAACUUGCCAUCCUCGUGUCUUUCACUUCUACUACUAGCCACCAACUUUAAAACCCACCGUGACCGACCGGCUGGCUGGCCAUUCUUAACAACCAAAUCCACCGACCAAAAAGCAUCUGUGUUAUUGUGUCUCGUUUUGAGUACCGGAGUCCACUACAGUUUGAGGUUCCAGUCCUGUCAUUCUCAUUCCGUGGCUGUGUCAUCAGGUAACACAGUCUCCUGCUAUAUAGCCAGACACCAACAAACUUGUAUUGGACCAGACUACAGACAAAUCCCACUGCUGGGCCAACUGCUGAUGAAAUUUCACUGACACUCUUUUGUGUUUGCGCUUGAUUUCUACCCUCAUCAUGGAGGUAUUCUGGAAGAAAAUUGUCGAAAAUGAAGAUCUUUUUACCGGAUUUGAAAAGAUGUCGAUGGAUUACACAAAACAGAAGUGCCUUGUGUGUGGAGACAAGGCGAGUGGUUUGCACUACACAGUAAUCUCCUGUGAGAGCUGUAAGAGCUUCUUUGGACGCAAGAUCAAGAGCAAAGCCAAGUUCACAUGUGAGGCGAAUGGCAACUGUGUAAUGGACCUGUACACCAGACGUCACUGCCCUGCUUGCAGGUUAAAGAAGUGCCUAGAUGUGGGAAUGAAACCAGAAAGAGUAUGGGAUGAAAAGCGUCUGGAAACAAGAAAACCCCUGGAACGCAAGAACAAGAAGAAAAACAAUCACAUACCUCCCCCGCCCCCACAGCAGCUUGCCCCGCCCGUCAGCACAUCAGUGUCCACACCGGAGUCGACGCCUCGACUUAGUAGAGACCAAGAAGAGUUAGUAGAUAGUCUCAGGAGGGCUAAGACCGAUGCGUCACACGCAAAUGCACCAAUUAAACCUACAGGAAAAUUUGAUGAGAUUCUGCAAAAGAUGAUGGAAACGUUGAUGGGACAUAAGGGUAUGUCAGGAGGACCAAUGUUUGACAUGAGCAAAAUGAUGAAAUUCCCUGGCUUUCCAAUGCACAAACAAAAUGGUGUCACAUCCAAUGCACCCAUGGACCUAACCCAAUUGUGCCCCCCACCGGGAUUUAGCGGGUUUGGGGGCCCCCGACUUAACAGGGAGAACUGCAAUAACUCCUCAUCCGAACUGUCCCAUAAGUCGCAUAUGGUCAGCGUUAAACAAGAGGUGGUCGACACGGGUUAUGAUUGCGUGACGGAGAAGCACAAUUCCUGCAUGGGUAACGUGGAACUCAAACCAGAGGGGAGGGGUCUUGGGAUGCCGCCCGGUGUGCCACCCGGUCUGCCACCAGGUAUGCCACCAGGUAUGGCACCACCCCCAGGGGGACCGCAUAUUACGCAGGAGAUGGUCAUCUACAACAUGACUCUCUUAGGUGUUGUCAUCAGACAAACUGUUGCAUUCACAAAAGCCAUCCCUGCCUUCAGGAGUCUGUCCUACGAGGACCAAGCAGUGCUCGUCAAGAACGCCAUACUGGAAAUCCUCAUGAUUCGAUGCGCGGAGAACUACAUUCCGGAGCGCAACUCCAUCGUCGAUGACAUCACUGGCAGCGAGUGGAGCAUCGAGGCCAUGCUUGCGUCAGGGUUUGCAACGUCAGCGGCGCCCUCGUUGAAAUUUGUACAGGCGUUGCACGGUAUGAUGCUGACAAGGGAGGAGUUUGCCCUUCUACAGGCCAUCACGAUAAUUUCACCUGAUCGGCCGGAUAUUGAGAAUCACGAAGAAGUUGAGAAGAUUCAGCGGCCAAUGGUCGAAACCCUCCAAAUGCUGACCAAAGUCAACCAUCCUGAGGACAAGGUGUUCUUUGCCAAACUUAUCAUGAAGUUGACCGACGUGCGAGACCUGGUUACGAGACACAUCAACGACCUUAUGCAGAUGAAGCUACCCGAUUCACAGUUUGAGAGUCUCUUCCCGCUUAUAACUGAGAUCUUCAACGUCUGAUAGGCGUCGGGGGGGAUCGCAGAAAGUUUGUGCCAAAUGAACGAAGUCAAGCCAGGAUAUUGGACAAUAGAUUGGACAAACAUUUGAAAAUAAAAUCGAAUGAGGAUUUUUUUUAAGCAACACGCAUGUGGCACUUGAUACGAACUUGGCGGAGGAGAUGCAGCAGAGCCGAGAUGGGAUGUACCCAGUACUGAUCUUGAACAAUCUCUGAGAUAAAAAUCUCUGUAUUGGACAGAAACUGCCUCUUGUAUUGUAUGUGACUUAUUUGUUAAACGUCUUAGGUCAUAGAAACAAAAAUUGACAUAAUAAGUGAAUUAGAGUAGUGUCAAGGGACAUAGGAAUAAAGGAGUGAGGUUUGCUCACUGAAGUCGUAUGAUCCGUUGGGUUCCCCCCUACCCGGUCUGUCUGUUGCUCAGCAGCAAAGCCUGGAGGAAAGGAAGGGCAAAACAUUGUAAGCCACAAACAACCCUCAAUGUGGGGGGCUUCCCUUAACAUCUCCUCUGACAAACAGAAUCAUCUGACCCAAUCUGUCAAAAUGAAGAUAAAGUCUGAGAAUACAGCAAGAUGAAACACCACUAGACAUAGUCUUUAAACUUAAAACUUAUGAGUUUAAGUUUUCAAACUAUGGGUUCAACUCAGUUGAAGGCGAUGAUUCUAACUCUUUUCGUCAGGUUGAGAAAGCAACAAAUUACAGCUCACCCAUGCCUUGUAUGUCAAUUCCACAGGCAGAAGUUUAUAAGUGUAAAUGCAAGAAGGGCAUUGUCAAUAAUAUUCAACCAUGAUAAAUCUGCCAGGUCCCAGGAGCACCCAGGAGAGAUGUUUCCCACCCAGGAGAGAUGUCUCUAGAAGACUGUUAGUGUUACCAGAUCACACCGUGUCCACAUCUAAAUUUUGACCAAUUUGCAAUGCAAACAAACCACGCUAAAGCACAUGCCGCUACGCACUUUUUUUGGCUGCUAGAAAAAUACAAUGCUACCAGCCACUCAGAAAGGGAAAUCAACUCGGAAAUAGGACUUGCUAGAAUUUUAAGCUAUAGCCCUAGCCGUAUAAGGCACAAAUUCAAAUUUGGUGAAUGCCUUGGUUGACCCAAUAAUAUUUAUUUUAUAAAGGGGAUAUUUUUUAUCAACAGUAGCAGAAACUUUUUUCGCUGAAAUGCUUCAGUGUUCAUUUUUUUUGUGCUUCCUCAACCAAAAGAAAUGAUAAUGAUGUGCCAAAAAUCAUUAGUCAUCAUGUAAAAUAAACCUUUGUGAACCAGGCCUAUUGGGCCUUGGAGUUGCAGUCUGUUUAAUUGUGAAUAUUGUACCAUUUUAUUUGACAUUAUUUAUGUUCCAUCAGUGUUAUUUAAGAAACUGCUUUGUGAAAUUUGUGAAUCGCUAAUGCAGGGAUUUAUAUUUCAUGUGUGGUUUUAACCGGAAAAGCUUACCAUGUGGUGCAUGUUAUCCUAUUGUGUAGUUGUAAAUAUAAUUAUGUAAGAUAUCAGUUUUUUGUAAUUAACUGCCUUAAUUAUACUGAUCAGAGAUUGGCCAAAACAAAUACCCCUUUAAUUAAGUUUUACAAAAUUAAUGAAAAGAUGUUCAUUCUGUUUGUGUCUACUUCACCAGCAAUUUAUGUCUUUACCAAUAAUAAACAACUGAUGUUUUUUUUCUGAUGAUACCUCCAAAUCAUGUAUUUCAAUCGGGGAAAAAAAAAAUUAAAAAGCUUGUUAAAAACAUAUUUAAUUUGACUAUAUCUGACCAGAUAAGGAUUACCUAAAUGCUUAGACAUCAAUUUAUUUAUUCAUUUGCUAUUUUAAUAAUUAUUUCUGAUCAAAGUUUUAAAAGUAUGUUGUUGGUUUUUCCCAUCAAACAGGGACAUAAUGUUUUACAGUUUUGAACGGGCAUGCAACAUUUCAGCCGAUAAGACAAUGGUUUCUCAGCUUUGCCGUUGGAAAAAACAAUACAGAUCAAAGUUUUGCUGUGCCUAGCAUUCUCCUCCUUUAUGACAAUCAGCAGUUGCUUGCCUGUUUAAGUCGACAGCAAACCCAGUAGUUUUCAAACUAAUUAUCAAGAGGUUAUUGUACCAAAAUAGUAAUUUCUCAACUCUGAUUUUUUAUCUGUUCUAUGUUCGGUGGACGUUUUGUGAAAAAGCAGUUGCUAUAAUUUAGUCUGAAGCAACUUGAUGGUCAGCUAAACAAUGAAACACUUUCUCUACCGUUUGUUAAACAUGUUUGUUUAUGAGACUAAUUUAUUCUCAAUUACAAUGAAUCGAUAUCAAUUUAUAUCCAUAUUAAACUAUAAAAAAAACAGAGCAUCCAUCACAAAAUAAAACCAGUCCUAAACUCAAUAUA